AUGUGUGGUGUGGGUGAGUGUGACGAGAGCGGCGUGGCGGCGCAGUAUCGGGGCAAGUCGGUGUUCGUCAUCGGUGGAAGUGGAUUCCUCGGCAAAGUACUCAUAGAGAAACUCCUGUACAGUUGCGAUGGGAUAAACAAAGUAUAUGUUUUGAUGCGAGAUAAUCGAAACGCAUCAGCGCAGCAGAGACUCGACAAAAUAUUUCAAUUACCAGUUUUUUCGAGGUUGCAGAAGGAGAAACCAUGGGCGAUGGAAAAGGUUGCGGUGGUGACCGGCGACCUCACCUCCUGCAACCUGGGUCUGUCGGAAACAGAUGAGGAGGAAAUGAUUGAGAAGGUGUCGUACGUAUUCCACCUUGGCGCGACGGUGAAUUUCAACGAUCCUGUCGAGCUGAUGUUCGACAUCAACGUCGGCGGCACGGAGCGGGUCAUGAACUUGUGCAAGCGGAUGAAACGGUUACAGAAAUUCGUAUAUGUUUCGACGGCCUUUUCGAACUCGAACCAUCAAGUGAUAGAAGAAAGAAUAUAUCCCUUACCGUUCACGUUGAAUGCAAUAAAAAAGCAGAUACUAGGAGGUCUUUAUCCAAAAGAAGUGGAAAAGCUACUCGGUAAGUUACUCGUUGUACUGUCAGAAAAGUCGAUUUAG